AUGCAUUCAACAGCACGUCUCGAACAAUUGCCUGUUGAAUUACUCUUAAUUAUAUUUUCGUAUUUGGAAGGCUAUGAUUUGAUCAAAGCCUUCGCAAAUCUCAACUCAUUCUUUGAUCGUCUUCUUCAUUCAUCGCAAGUUCAAAUACAUUUGCGUGUGAAUGAAGAUAUGAGUGAAUUUUCACAUAUAUUUAUUAAAAAUAUUCGAUCGUUGAGUGAUGAUUCAUAUCAUAAACACGUUUCUCGAUUUAUUGAUUUACAUAUCUCUCAGCUCAAACAACUUCAAUCUCUCACAAUUAACGUGGAUGAUUAUGAUGACACUCCUAUUGUUUCAAUUCUUCCAAAACUUGUUCAUCUCGAAUAUUUAAAUAUUCAAUGCGAACGUUCACGUCAAGGUUCAAGUAUACUUUCGGUUAUCGUUUCGUUGCCCACACUUCGCGUCUGUAUUAUCAAAGCACGUCGUUGUAGUAUUAAAGAUAUAUUGGCGAUUGAUCCUGUACCAUUAAAUAACUCUAUUGUUCAUCUCAAUGUUCACACCAGACUUCAAACAAGUUGCCUUCAUUCUAUUCUUCACCGAUUAUCCUGUUUGCGUUCUCUACAAGUAACAUAUUUGACUCGCAACACUUCUUCAUUACUGCCGCAGAGCAUCUUUGAAAACUUAAGAAUGAUAACGUUCACAGACAUGAGCAUAAAAGUCUCUGACUUUGAUGAAAUUCUGCAAAAACUACCAAAUCUCGAGCUAAUUUCAGCUGGGCCAAUUCUGGUAGGGGAACAUAAAUUUGAAGAGAUGCUGCUCGAUCAACGAUGGAUGAAAUCCUUCGAUCAUAUCAAACGAAUUGAUAUUGAAAUUGAAUGGUCUUUCUUCAUGGAAGGAAAAAAAGAAGAUAUGCGUACACGUCUUCCUCAAUCCCAUCCAGGACUAAGGGGACCUUGGCAUCAAUACAUCGAUGGAUGUGAUAACGAACACGCCUUUUCUUUCUUUAUAGAUUUUAACAGAAAUAUGAAGAAGAGAAACAAAUGGGGAUUAGAACGAGACAUUUUCUAA